CAUUCCAUUCAAUUUUAAGAUCAGAAAUGAUCGAAACAUGUACAACAUCCCUUCAACACAUGUUACGAUCCAAUUUACCCCCACAAAUCUCUUUCUCCAACUUGAUUGAACAUGCUACCCGCGCUGCGCAUGGUGAUGGCCCACCCGCAACAUGCUGAAUCUCCAGCUCCAAAGCAGCUCAGCGCAUCAACUCAAGGGGGGGCAGGAGCGAAUGCUUUCGAUUGCCUCAGGCGCCGCUGCAUCCACAAGUCCCAUGCCAUGAAUUCUGUAGAAAAUACCCAGGUGCUCCCAGGUGCUGGAAAGUUCGAUUGUUCUAAAAUUCCUUGCACUAAGGUGGAUAGCACGAUAGCACCCUGGACGAAACAUGCCACCAAACCACAGGCUCUGAUUUGGGGGAGAAGUGUUGGUUUGGGGGAUACCGGGAUACCCCAAUAAAACACA